GAUAGCAUCUGCAGGGUCAAGUUUGAAUGUUCCGGGGGCCUGGCGUACUCUCUGAGUUGCUUUGCCCCAGAAUUGGAUGUGAUCGGCCGUACUGUCGGUUUUUUCACGAAGGAAGAGCAGAUAAUGCAGUAAGCAACGGGUACCUCGAUACUCCACCAUUCCCUUGUGAACCGCAGGACUACAAAUUUGCAUUUUCAAGUGAGCUGGUCGAAGAAGGAGAUCCAGCCACGUACUCACACCAAACUCAGGCAGUUCCUAUUCCACCAUGUCCUUAUAGAAUGUCUAAUGCUGCUCCUGUGGGGGAUGCACCAAUCAGCGCUUGUGGAGUUUGUUCUAUAACUGACUUUGGUUAUCUACCUCAUAUUCCUUCAACGCCUUCUGUUGUGUCGAGCAACCAAACAUUUAAUGCCAUCGAAACCAUACCAUGCAACGGUUAUGGAAGCCUGUCUUCAAAGUACGCUCCCGAGGAGCCGGGAGCGGUUGGCAGUGAUUCCUUCUCAGGCUAUGCGCCUGCUCCGUCUCCAUCGAAUUCUUCGUCUGCAGUUUUCGUGCCUCCACCCUAUGCUCCGUAUCCUGUGGCUGCUGAACAACCAUCGACAAGCUCAACAUCGCAAGCUGUUUCAGUAGAAAAUGGUACUUCGCAAUUUGUGAAAGCCUCAGAAGGACCUACUCGUGACACUUCUCUGUCUCCGGAGACUAACCAUAAAACACCUAUUGCCAAGAAGAUCAAAGCCCUUCCUCUGCCAAAGGUUCCUCUGAUUCAUCCCGCGAAAACAAAGUCAGAAAAGUUCAAGGAAUAUGUUGGUGAAGUUGCUCGACUCAAUGAAGAGAUAGAGCGACUGCAGAAGCUGCAGGAGCAGUUGAAACAAGAGGCGAAGAAGAUUGCUAGCACUUCCGGUGAUAUUCCUCCCAGUGUUGUCGAAAGCACUCAGCAACUACUAGAAAAUUCGUCGAUAAAUGAUGCGCUUGAACAUAGCAAGUCUCAUAGCGUACGGAAGGCAUGUCCGCAUCGUGAACGAUCUCCUGUGGUUGAGUAUACUCCGACUCCUUUGACAGACCUGCAAAGAAUGAAAGAAGAAGAGAUUAAGCGGAAAAAGCACAAGGAAAACGGAAGAAAACGCGAAGGACCGAAAGAACCCGUAAAAACUGAACAUAUUAAGCGUCGACCUCUUAGCGAGGACGAGUUAUCCUUCUUGUUCGGUGAUGAUGACGUGGAGCCAAAGCCAAAGAAGUCAAAAAAAGAGAGGGCUAUUUCUCCUAAGAAAGUCAAUCGAAUGGAAAAAGGAGAAUCCUCUAAGGAUGAUCGCUGCUCUACACCAAAACUAUCCAAAGGUACCGAAAAAUCUGAUAACUUGAAGAACUCGACGGCUACUACCUCAAAUUCUUCUGCCAAAUCCCACAAUGAGAUUAGCUCGGAUGUUGUAACAGCUGCGAAAAAACGGAUUGCUAGAGAAAGGGCGGACGAUCAUCCUGUAAGAGCUGUAGUUCCUCCAAAAAAGGUGCCUUCGGCAAAGGAGCAGUUCUAUGCAAGAAUGAAUGCAAUAGCGAAAGAAAAGGCAGCAACAGCCAGCUCUUCAAAAACAAGUAACAAGCCGGUCACACAGGAGCAGAUGUAUGGUCAUCAUCGAGCAAGUACGAUCGGCUCUGUGGCUAAAGGAGAGGCGAGAACCGCUCGUUCGUCAGUAAUGGUCACUGAUGUUGCACUGCCAAAACUUCGUGAUCCCACAAAUCAGAAGAUUCCCUAUGCUCUUAGAGUGAUGUUUUUGAAGCGGAUUUUUGAUCAGUACCUCGAAGUAUGUCCACGAGUUGAAGCUAUACGAAACUCGGAAAUUGAAGAGAAGGCGAUCCUCGACAAAGUCCGUCACGCGCAAAGUUACAAAGUUGCCGCCAUCAACCUCAUUGGACGCAUUCGUAAUGCCAAGUCCAGUGGUCCUGCAAAACCAAGAGCAGCGCUUUCACAUGACGCGGUUUUGGCUGGACGCCAUGUAAAUGACAUCUCCGUACGAGUUCGAAAAUCCAGCAAGAACAGUGCUCCUUCUUUGAGCGAGAAGGAGUUCUACAACCUUCUCAUCAACAAAUAUCUUAUGACCGAUGAACAGUUGACUAGAAAUGGCUAUCCUCGAGCUGUUCCUGGUGAAGAACGACUGGUAUCGAUCGCGCAAAGUCACUUUGAGAUAUCGAAAUCGCAGAAGUCGUGGGCGGCUAAAGAUGAUCUCGAUCGAUUAUGUUCGCGAUGUCACAAAGAGUUUCGUUUGGAUCCUAAAGGAAAAGUGAUCUCAGCCGAAUGCAUUUACCACUACAAGGGCUUACAAAGACGUGGAGGAAUGCGUGGCGAAUCUUACUUUGGUUGCUGUGGCGCAGACCGAACUACACCUGGUUGCUGCGUUGCAGAAGCGCAUGUAUCGGACACUUUGAAUGCCGAAGCACUUCGCGAAUUUGUCCCUACUCCGGUUUCUCAGGGUGAAGCUGAUCCCAGGAACUACAAGGUGUACGCGAUGGACUGCGAAAUGGUCUAUGGCGUAUGGGGACCGGAACUGGCCCGUGUAUCAGUCGUAGACAUGGACAACAAAUUGGUACUCGAUCUCAUUGUAAAACCUCAUAACACGGUUAUCGACUACAACACGCGGUUCUCUGGACUGACCGCUAAUCAAGUGGAGACUUCCGAAGUGGACCUAUUUGAAGCCCAAAAUCGCCUUUUCGAAUUAGUGAAUGAGCGAAGUAUUCUCAUUGGCCAUAGUCUUGAGUCUGAUCUGAAAGCAAUGCGACUGAGACAUGAACGAGUAGUCGACACUGCGGUAGUUUUCGAACACAGGCAAGGAUUCCCGUUUAAAAGAGCACUGAGGAAUCUUGCAAGUGAAUAUUUGCAGAAGAUCAUACAAGAAGACGAUAGUGGGCACGAUAGUCAGGAAGACUCCGCCACAUGCAUGAGCUUAAUGUUGAUGAAAGUGAAAGAGGAUUGUAAAUAAUGUUCAUAAACUUGCUUCCAAAUGUUCAAUGUGUAGAAAUAUAGUGAAUUAAUCGCAGCCAUGUGCUUUCCCAUUUUUUUGGAUUUACCUGUUACAGCUUCUGUGAAGUUUUUUAUGUGUUGAAAAUUUGUGGUAAUUUUCUGAAAGCACUAAGCUGAGUUUGACUGCUAUGAUGGGUAUAUGCCUAUCACAUGAUCUGUAUCGGCCCGCUUUAAGGGCACUAUCUUUUACGAGGAAUGUACAAUGAUGUUCCUUCAAGAUAUCUCUUCACGUUUCAAUUUCUAAUAAAUAUACUACUGCUAA